CCGGGUCGGCCGGGCUGGAAGAUGGCGGCGCCCAUGGAGCUGUACUGCUGGGCCAGCGGCUGGGGCUUGCCUACGGUGGAUCCCGACUGCCUGACGGUGCUGACUUAUGCCCGCUUCACAGGAGCGCCUCUCAAGGUUCACAAAAUCACAAACCCAUGGCGAAGCCCCUCAGGGACCCUUCCAGCGCUGAGGACCAAGGACGAGGGCAUUCUCUCCGAUACGCACCAGAUCAUCACUCAUCUCAGGAAACAGAAAUUCAAUGCCGAUUAUGACCUCUCGGCUCGACAGGGGGCCGACACGCUAGCCUUUGUGUCUCUGCUGCAGAAGAAGCUGCUGCCUGUAUUGAUCCACACAUUCUGGGGAGAUGCCAAAAACUACGUGGAGCACACGCGGAAGUGGUAUGCUGAGGCCAUCCCCUUCCCGCUGAACUUCUUCCUGCCCAGCCGCAUGCAGAAGCAGCAGCUAGAAAGGCUGCAGGUGGUCUGCGGAGAAAACUACCUGGACAGCGAGGAAGAGCUGGAGAAGGAGCUGUACCGGGAAGCCUGUGAGUGCCUGACGCUCCUGUCCCAAAGGCUUGGCAGGCAGAAGUUCUUUUUCGGAGACUCGCCUGCUUCCUUGGAUGCCUUUGUCUUCAGCCACCUGGCCCCGCUCCUGAAGGCCAAGCUGCCCAACGGGAAGCUCCAGCACCAUUUGAAGUCCUUGCAGAAUCUCUGCAAUUACUGCACGGCUAUCUUGAGUCUUUACUUCCCCUGGGAUGAAGGUGACCCUCCGCCCGUGGUUCCAAAGGCAGCUGCUGGGGAUGGAAGCGAGUCUGAGGAGGAGCCCUACAAACGCCGGAACCAGAUCCUGUCAGUGCUGGUGGGUCUGGCGGCCAUGGUCGGUUACGCUUUCCUCAGCGGCAUCAUCUCUGUCCAGAGGCAGGCGCCGAGUCAGUUACGGCCUCGUGCCAUCACCCUGGAGGAGGAAGAGGAGGAGGAAGAGGAGUGACCUGCAGAGGCUGAAAACGAGAGGCACCAUCUUUCCACAGACUUGUUUUGUACCUUGUCAGGCCUGACCCACCCGCCUCCUCGGACUCUUUCCUCAUAUUCAUUCCAGAAUUCCGGCAGGGAGGGCGGGGAGCCAAGGACAAUAAAUCCACGUGAAUCCUUUGUGGCUUC